AUGGCAGACGAUGACAACAGCAGGAGUUAUCUUAGCUUCAGCGCUCAGUUGGAUGAAAGGAUAUCCGAUCUCAGUAAUUCUUUAGUUGGCCCAUCACAUUUGUUCCAGCCCAAUGCCCAGUUCACUCCCAGAUGGCAGAAUGCAGAUAUCCAAUCCAAUGCUCGGAACGGUGAAGGCUACCCUAACACCUCCCAGCUUCGCUCAUUUUUCACGUAUGAUGGUUACCAAGACCCCUCAGCCGACAAUGAGAAUCAGGAAGGUUCAAGCGAGCUCUCGUGUGAUGAAGAACUUCUAAAGAAGAAACGUGUUGCGGCAAUGGCUUCGCUAUCACAGAAGAGAGCUGCAAGUUGGGGGGGACCUUCUGGAAAUUCGGAGAUCUCCAGUGGCGCUGUAGGAAGUCAGGCUCCUCGUACUCAAGUUACAAGCUCUACCACCGAUCAGCAGAAGCUCGCAAAGACAUCUGCAGCUGCUGUGGGUGCCAUGAGUCCAGAGAAUGAGCCUUUGUCAGAAGAUCAGACCAAUCGUAGUGGAAGGACUGAUUCGGUCGAGGAAAACUCUCGUCUGCGCCAGAUAGCUUCAGCUGAAGAUAUUGAUGGUUUGUUAGCUGAAGGGAGAGUGUCAGCAAUUGGCAUUACCUUCAAAUCAUCUACAAAGGAUCAGCCUAGCAGCGAAGGUGCUGAUAUCACGCAGCGGUCGCCUGUUCCACCAAGCGAAAAUAGCUCUCAAGCGGCAAGCUAUGCACUUCAGAAGCAUCAAAUCACCCAUAGAUAUUACUACAAGGGCGGAUACGAUGGCACUAGGUGCACCCGCUCUUCUAUCGCAGACGAAGAGCCGAUAUCAAUUCUGGCAGAAAAUAGCGACGGUGCUUCCCGUACGGACGUGAAGCAAAUUUCUCCUUCGGGACAGGAACCCCGUUCCGAUCACAAAUCAUAUCCGGAGCGCCGUAUUUAUGAACCGCCAAAGCGAGCUUUGGCAGGAAGCAGCCCUUAUCGGGCCACAGGUUGGGGUGAUGGGUCCACUGCAAAGCCCAGCAUCCCCUUGGAAAAACAGUCACAUUCUACGAUGCCAUCCAAUCGAGAGACUUGUAAUGAGUUCUCCAAGUUACAAUUCCAUGAAGUUGAAGAACUCAAAGAAUGGCUGGUUCACACGGGCUAUUAUGAUGAAAAUUACCGUCGUGCAACUUUGCAUCGUCACAAGCGAAUUGCUGCCUUGGAACGUGAAAAGGAGGAUCUCAUGAGAGAAGAAAUGCAGGAGCGCAAUGCUUUGACUAAAAACAACGAUCUGGGGCCUUUAUUUCCCCUCAAGCACUCUUUCGAGUUGCCAAGUCAUAAUGCGCAGCCGUCUCCUUGCAUUCCCACUCCAACUCUCGUUCCAAAGGCCAGCACGACAUCUGACACAAGAAAGUUUGGUGGUACGAGAAAGGAAUUGAGUUCGGGAUUGUGUGAUGAAUUGACAUCCAGCUACCUCUCCCCCAGCACUGUUUCAAAAAGACUACACUCUGAUCUUGACAAUGAUACCCAGAAUGAAAAGGCGGAGAAAAUGGUACGGGCUGAUGCUAACAGCAAACCCAGGAAUAAGUUGUCAAACGAAGAAGCUCCGGACUAUAUGAACGAAGAUUGUUUGGAUCUCAUGAAGAAGCGUAAAUUAUCUGAUGGUGGUGAACCCAUGAUGGGGGGAGAAGAUAAAUAUUCCACUAGUCGGAAAUCAUCUAGUGGCUGGGGAAAUGACUCUGAUCUUUUCAUUCAUGAUUCCCGAUAUCCUGGUGAUGGUGACCAAGACAACUCUUAUGAAUUCAGGGGCAGUUCUUUGAUUUGGAGAGGACGUGGUCGGGGUCGGGGUCGAAGUCGGGGUCGGGGUCGGGGUCAGGGUCGUGGGUGGAUUCGUGGACGUGGGCGUGGGCGUGGUCGUGGGGUUUCUACCGGCUCAAUUAACCGGGAGGUUACCAGAUCCGGAUCCUCCAAAGGACCAAGAGGAUCCCAGGAAUUAAAUCUGGCUGCUGGUGGCGUCAGUUAUUUCCUGAUAAAGUGUCUUGCGUAUGAGAUGGUAGAUGCAGCAAAAGUAGAAGGCACUUGGGCAACGCAGCCUAAGAAUGUUGAGAAGUUUACUAAUGCGUUCGAGAGAUCUCGGCAUGUUAUUCUUAUAUUCUCUGUCAACCAGAGCGGGGCGUUUCAAGGCUAUGCACGUAUGGAAACUCAACCUGGAGCUUCAGGAGUCGCACCUCCAAGUUGGGUCAAAACCCUUGAUAUGUCGCUUAGCCAGCCCUUCAAAAUAUGUUGGUACAAUACCGUGAACACGAUGUUUCGACAUGUUGGUUAUCUGAAAAACCCUUAUAAUGAGGAUCACGAAGUUACUUACGCAAGAGAUGGUCAAGAAAUAGAAGGAAGAUGCGGUCGCAUCCUUUGUGAGAUCCUUGACAAAACAACGGACCUUGUUUCCGCCUGA